AUGAGUUCAACAUCACUUGUCCUCCUCCUCAUCUCAUUCUUGUUCAUCUCCACGCUACCUCCCUGUAGACCACUGUCAUUCAGCUACAACUUCUCUGACCCUCGCACUUUCGAUCGUUCCAACAUCACAACCGAUGGAACUGCAACUCUUGCACAACAAGAUGAUGGCCUGAUCGAGCUCACCCAGAAUCCCGACCCUAGGGAGGAAGGAAUAGCCAACGCAGUGGGCCGGGCCUCAUAUAGCAUGCCAGUGCUCCUCUGGGACAAGGCCACCGGCGAGGUGACAAGUUUCACGACACGUUUCUCCUUCGCCAUCAAGAAGUUACCCGGAAAUUCCGGCGUCACAUACAAACCCAGCGACGGGUUCGCCUUCUUCCUCUGCCCCUACCAACUAGAAGUGCCGGUCUAUGGUGGCGGUGGUCUCCUCGGUCUCGUCAAAGGAAGCACCGGGGCCACUCCGGCUGUGAUAGCGGUGGAAUUUGACACGUUCCAAAAUAAUUGGGACCCGAGCACCGAUCACAUCGGGAUUGAUGUCAACUCCAUCAACUCGACUGUGGUGGAGGUGCUGCCCAUGGGCACACUCACAGAUCGCACCGAGCCGAUGAUUGCGCUGGUGAGCUACAACAGCAGCACGAAACUUCUCGCCAUCGCCCUACAGCUCGACCGCAGUGAUGGUGGCAUAAGGUACGAGCUCAACAGCACCAUUGACCUAAAGAGCUUGCUCCCCCCGGAGGUGGCCAUUGGGUUCUCUGCUGCUAGUGGGUAUUCCACGGAGCUGCACCGCGUGCUCGCCUGGUCUUUUGACUCGACGUUGAUGGAGGUGAAUUUGGUGCCCCCAGGCACGCCGUCGAUGCCCAAUAAGUUCCCUCAAAUUCCCUCGAAACAAAUGAUCUGGCCAGUCGCCGGGGCAGCUGGUGCUGCCGUGCUGUUAGCAGUUGCCUUUAUCGGCGUAUUGAUCCGGUGGUUUCUAAUGAUGAGGAGGCGCCGGCGGAUGAGGGAGAAGGAGAUGGCUGACUUGGAAGAUUGCAGCUUGGACGAAGAGCUCAAGUUCGAGAAUGGCUCCGGCCCGAGGCGAUUUCGGUAUGGCGAACUGGCCGCUACGACCAACAACUUCUCUGAGGACGGAAAGCUCGGAGAAGGUGGCUUCGGGUCGGUUUACAGGGGGUCCUUAGGCGGCGACCUGGGUCCCAAUGUCGCCAUCAAGAGGAUAUCCAAGAGCUCCCGGCAGGGGAGGAAGGAGUAUGUCUCCGAGGUCACCAUCAUAAGCCGCCUACGACACCGGAACCUGGUCGAGCUCGUCGGCUGGUGCCACAGCAGCGGCGAGCUGCUGCUCGUCUACGAGCUGGUGCCUAACGGCAGCCUUGAUGCCCGCCUCUACAACUUGGGUGGCAGCGUGUUGCCGUGGCCGAGCAGGUACGAGAUCGCGCUGGGGCUUGGCUCGGCACUGCUCUACCUGCAUGUAGAGUGCAAGAAAUGCGUGGUGCACAGGGACGUGAAGCCCAGCAACGUCAUGCUGGACGCGUCCUUGGGCGCCAAGCUCGGCGACUUCGGGCUUGCGAAGCUCCUCGACCACGGGAUCAGCUUGCCGACGGUGGUUCUGGCAGGAACCAUGGGGUACAUGGACCCAGAGUACACGGCCUCCGGCAGAGCAAGCACCGCAUCUGACGUCUAUAGCUUCGGCAUCGUGUUGCUGGAGAUGUGCUGCGGCAGGAGGCCCCGGGACGACUCCGUCAAGCCCUCCCUCCUGGAGUGGGUCUGGGACCUCUACGGCCGGGGCGCAGCUGCUCUGGAGGCUGCUGACAAGCGGCUGGACGGCGACUUGGACCAAGCGCAGAUGCAACGCAUGCUGGUCGUGGGUCUCUGGUGCGCGCACCCCGACCGUGGUGUGCGGCAGUCCAUCAAACAAGCGCUAGGCGUGCUUCAGCUUGAGGCUCCAUUGCCCGUUCUUACUCCAAAGAUGCCCGUGCCGACAUUCUCCACGAGCGUUGCAGGCCCUGAUGCUGAUGCUGAUGGUUCGACAGGCGGUGCCGGAGUUUAUCCUUCUUCCAUGGGGCGGUGA